AGAAGCUGAUUGUUCGUAUCGGAUAUGCUGCAAAUGAUCGUGUCUCUUGGUCCUCCUCGGGUUUCAUGCUUGAUGAAGCGAAACCAGCAUCCCGUGACAUUGCCGGUUUGACUGUCGUUUGUUCCGUCCCCAUGGAUGUCACUCUAGACGACUGUACUAAUUCGCAUGGACCAGAUAUAUUGGAAUCGCUUGGUUCGAAGGCAUUUUCUCUAGAUCCCCCACCUGGCGAAAUUGAACAGAUCCCGAGAGAUGGAUUCAUCAGACUGACGAUUGCGACAGAGUCUUCCUUGAUUUCUCUGCUCGUGCGGCGUAUGAUCCCCACAGAACCCCUUGGACCUGAUUCCUAUCCUAUGGGUGAUAUCCUCUUGAUCGAAAGUCUUGUGUCCGUGCGGUGUGUCAGCAGCUGUUUGAUUCGCAUCACACCAAUUUUAUUCCCUGUUUGUGAUCACCCGGAAGAAGUCGUGACUCAAGUUUCCAUCUCCAAACUACUGCACGAUAGUGUUCCAUUUUGUAAACCGAUGAAAACCUCCCCGUUGCCUCGGUGGUUUUUGUCUCACCCUGGGUUGUACAACGCAACUGGGUUUGGACUUAGUGGCUGUCUUCUGCUUUCGUCGGAGAGCGGUGAAACACCGUUGGUGCCCGUGCUCCUUCAUUCUUUUCUCAGUAUUUUCACCAUGGAUUGUUCCAACUACGGGAACAGUCAUCCGGAAACAUGUCCACGUGUUCAAUUGGUGUCCUUUCCUUCAGAUGAACGGCCUGAUCCAGUGCCGAAACUCAUUGUUCUCACCCACGCCCCUGCGAGCACUGGAAAGGUGAUAAUCGAUUUUAUAGACUUCGCCUACGAUCCAUCUGUUCUCCCGACGGCUCUUCGUAUUGUGAACAAGACAGAUAGGGCGGAUUUAUGCGUGAACUUGUGCGAUCCCCAUUGGUCUGUUCUGGACAAGAAGCAACACGAUUCCUGGCAUCGUGCUCUUUCUGAUACCCGGUGGACCCUUAAUGCUCACAAUGGAGCCUUAGUAUGGAUACCGGAGUCCACCGUGAGAGAUAUGUACAUCUCGGACGAUUCCUUUUCAAUCUCCACAGACGCUGGUGUCAGCCCAUUUCUUAGCCCGUCGUCUCUGGGCGACGUUGUACUAUCAGUCGGUUGUCGCUCUGCUGAUGGCAGAAGCACAGUGACUGGAGUCGACCUCGGCACCUUGUUCGCCAGUGGUUCCGGACUGGCUAUUGGUUUACCCGAUUCUACUAGUAUCCACCUAUUCGGCCUUUGGGAUCCUCAGUUGGGAACGACCGUGUUAAUCUACUCUGAACCCCAACAUCUUACAUUGAACGAUGAGGUUUCUGUUACUCCCCUUGCAACAUAUUCUCUUACGUGUGGCCAAUUUUCCGUCAGUUUGCUCACUUGCAAACCUCUGUGGCCACUCGAGACACGAUAUGGCGCUCCAACGAAUCUCUGUUCCACAUUCACUCCACAACCUCCCAAGGAUGAAUGCGUUCGUUUGGUUAUGCGUGGUCUUCGUAUCGAUUCAUACAUGGCCACUUCGCCAACUCCCCUGUGCGAUGUGAACAUUCGCCUGCGUCACCUUCAAUUGGAUAACUGGGCUCAGAAGUGGACCCACGCAUACGACUUCCCUGUGUUGUUGCGAUCCAACACUCCUGCAGUGCUUUGUAUCCGUAUCCAGUCGCCACAUUUCAGCCUCCAGCCAGUUGUUUUUUCCGCCUUUUUAUACCCUCCGCAGUUGGAUUUGUACAUAGAGGAUACUGCGGUUCACGAGUUCUCUGAUUUGUUACUAGACUACUACCAUACCCUAUCACGAGCUCGAACCGCCAAUCUUCCCGGUGAUCGUCUGAUUGUACACUCACAACCUCUAUAUUUGAAGUGUUUACACAUUGCCUCGUGCACCGUCCUCCUCACAGUCCGUGCCACGCUUCGUGUCUAUUUAUCGUGUCACGAGGCCCCUGUGACUCUUGCGGCGUUUAGCUUGCGUUCUAUUGACGGUGGAAGACAUGGGAGCGGAUAUGCCUUGAAACUGGUCUCAUUGCGACGCUUGCUUACCAUGCACUACGUUUCCGAAGUCAUUUUCCGAGCCGGCUGGCUUGUGGGCAGUUUGGAUAUGUUAGGAAACGUGACCGGUUUGUUACAUUCCUUGACCGACGGCUUGCGCGAUUUGGUACACAUGCGCCGGUCACAGGCAAGGAACCAUCUGCCCGAUCUUGUCCCCGUCGAUCCGUCCACCGCCGACACUUCCAAGGCAGCUGUUUCCCUCAUUACGAAUACCACCAAUAGCAGCGAGUACGUGGUGGUCAUGGGUGACGUUUCGAAAAAUUCGCUUAAUCCCAGCACUCCUACCGAUGUCGGGUUGAUUCCCACUCAAGAUACCGCUCCGUUUUGUCGAAUCUUUCAUGGAUUGACCUCAUUGAACCGUCACGCAACGGGGUAA